AUGUCCAGCCCACACACCGACAACCCGGAUACCGACGUGGAUCCUUUUCGUUUCGUAAUCAACAAUAUGUUCGAACUUAAUUUGACUGACAAUGAAAGGGUUUCACUUAGCUUAUACUUCACCAAGUUCCAUGAUCAAGCUAUUGGAGCAGCAGAGGUCCUUCCUCACUUCAGAAAUGCAGAAGGAAAAAUCAAAUAUUUGAGAUCUCUGUUACAACUUGGCAAAAGGAAGGCAUCAGAAGAGAAAACCAUCCCCUCCAAAUAUAUUAAUAUGCACAUAGGAGCAGUUAAUGUAACUCAUACAGACGUGGGAAGAUUUUGGGAGGCACUGCAGUUAAUGGAAAUUGAUGAUGAGGAUAUGUUCCUUUCUCUACCCACAGGCAUAUUUUUUUGUGAUGGCGCAUCACAG